AUGAGCGACAACAACAAUCCAAAGGCUCAGGUAUGUUUUGUGAUUUCGGGGAAAAGGAUUAUUACAAACGCGCAUGUGGUGGCUGAUCACAUAUUGGUGCAAGUCAGAAAGCAUGGCUCACCAAAGAAGUACAAAGCAGAAGUUAAAGCCAUCGGGCGUGAAUGUGAUUUGGCUAUGUUGGUGAUCGAAAGCGAAGAGUUUUGGGAAGAUAUGAAUCCUUUGGAGCUUGGAGACAUGCCCUUUCGGAAAGAAUCAGUAGUUGUUGUUGGAUAUCCACAAGGUGGUGAGAGUAUCUCCACUACAACAGGUGUUGUGAAUAGAAUCGAAUCACAAUAUUAUCGUCAUGGUGCCACUAAUCUACCGGUGCAACGGCUAGUUCCAGUUGAUCAAUCUGAUAACAACUCAAGUUAUUACAUAUUCGCUGGUUUAGUCUUUGUGCCUCUCAGUAAACAACACAUCAAAGGUCCCAACGCUAUGCAUAGACUCGCAUAUAACAAUACUCCCAAAAAAGCCGGUGGUCAAGUUGUCAUUAUUUCUGAGAUAUUAGCUGAUAUGAUCAAUGUGGAAUAUUAG